AUGGCAGAAACAGUUGGAGGUGUGAAGAUGUCCUGCAACGAUAGCUGUGGCUGCCCUGUUCCGUGCCCUGGCGGCGUGUCCUGUAGGUGCAUAACCAGGACGGAGGCCACGAGUGGGGACGGCCACAUGAAGUGCUCGUGCGGCGAGCACUGUGGCUGCAACCCGUGCGCUUGUGCUAAGAGCGUCGUCUCUACCGGAGUAGGCAGGGCCUACUGCAGGUGCGGCGAGGGUUGUACCUGUGUCUCAUGCUCUGCCUAA